AUGCCAUCGGAACGUAUCGGCGCCGGUGUUAUAGACGUGGUUAAGACCGUUUGGCUCAUUGAGAUGUGGGACUCCAAAAGCGGUGCACUCUUACAGUUAUCGGAGUUUGGCUAUGGGUUGGGCAUAACUAUCGGCCCCCUAGUGGUCGGACCAUUUCUUGUCGGUGAUGAGCACUGUAUGAAAGAUACAUUGGCUACGAAUACAACUAUCAAUUAUAGCCACAAACUGUUGCCCCCAUUUCUAGCCACCGGUUCCCUUCAGAUAUUGGGUGCGAUUAUAAUGUUAAUCAUGUAUUUGUGUCGCAAAUAUAUUCCUAACACUCAAUCGCAAGACAAACAAACCAAUGAACAAGAUAUUGAAAAACCUGUUGAACCCAUAUAUCGGCGCCGAUAUAGCGUACACAUCAUCGAAGAUAAGGACCCUCAUUGGAAAAACGGUUUGUCACGUGCCGGUGCUGAGGGUCACAAUUUAGGAGCAAGGUUGUCCGUACAAUCGACCGAAUUGAAUACUACUGCACAUAAUAAGAGGUAUAAUAAGAGGUUGCGUUCAUCGCAACGAAAGAGACGAUUCUCGACGUUCCCAGUGAUGGACACACCGGACAUACCCUUACAAGUGGAGCCGUCGGGUGCGUCUCGUUUGUUGGUCAUAGGGUUGGGUGCCGUAUGUUUCUCAUCGAUACUGACCUGCGAGGCGGCAUUCCUUGACUUUUCGCCCACUUUUUUCCGAUAUUACUCCAACGCUAAGGGAUACCAAACGGCAAUACUGUUGACAAUCAUGACAUCGUCAUAUACCCUAACACGCGCCUGUAGUAUAUACGUGGCCUAUAGAGUGCGCCCGCAAUACAUAUUAUCCUUUCAUUACUUGAUUGUAUUCACGAGUCUAGUUCUCCUAUCCUUUGCAAACCACAACACUAUAGUCAUGUGGACGGGAAAUGUACUUUUUGGCAUAGGGAUCGCCACCUUCUGGUCGGCCACCUUCUCGUACAUCGAGACCUACUUUGAGGUGACGGACAGAAUCGGCACAAUAUAUGUGUCUCUAUUGGGUUUACUGGAGAUCAUAACCCAAUUCAUUGAGGGCCCCUUCCUCGAGGACAACCCCGAAGUCCUGCUAUAUUAUUGCGGAUCAAUGGCCGCCACGAGUCUCACGGCUUUCAUAUUGAUUACGAUUAUCGCAAAUAAGGCUCAUUUGAAACUCAAUCACCAGAAACCACCCAUAAGUCAAACAAAUAGCAUCGUUGUUGAGGAAUAG